AUGUUUGACGUGACGUCGCGUAUCCCGUACAAGAACGUCCCAAAUUGGCACCGUGACUUGUUCCGCGUGUGCGAGAACAUCCCGAUUGUGCUGUGCGGAAACAAGGUUGAGGUCAAGGACCGUAAGGUGAAGGCCAAACAGAUCACGUUCCACCGCAAGAAGAAUUUGCAGUACUUUGACAUCUCGGCCAAAUCCAACUACCAGUUUGAGAAACCGUUCCUGUGGCUGGCCCGCAAGCUCGUUGGUGACAAUAACUUGACCUUUGUUGAGGCACCUGCUCUUCGUCCACCUGAGGUCACGAUUACGCAGGAACAGAUUGCUCAAAUUGAAGUUGACGCUAGCUCUGCCGCUGCUGCAGUUCCCCCUUAG